AUGCCACUCUAUGAGGAGAAGUUCAUAUGCCCGUUCUCCAUUCGCUUUUCGCAGGCUCGGAUACGGCCCACCUUCCAGGAUGGAAGGGAGGUGGAGGCAUCGAUGGAGCAGAUCUCGGCCGUCUCGUGCCCAGAAGGACCUCUACAACAGAGAUACGAUGUCCUUCUGAGGGCGCCCUUUCCACCCAUCGAGAUCAUCCGAUGGUGGCCCAAGCUACGCGAGGAGGAUGGUGAGACCCUCCUGGAUGAGAAUGGCAAGACCAUCCUCGGAGAACCGUGCUGGUUCACGUUCGACAACCGGAGGUUGUACUGCCUGCAGGCAGCAGCCAUCAAGAAUUGGCCUUCUCGAACGGCUGCAGUGGUGCACGUCAUGCAUGAUCUACCCGUGUCCAAGUGCGCACCCAAGAAGUUCCGCACCACCGAUCUAGGAGGCCGCAGCUCGGCGGGAAGUUUUUGGCGGGACAUCCGGCAACGACGCCCAGGCGGCUUGGGCUCCAGCUCUGGCCUGGACUUGAAGAAGCCGCCGGCCCAGCGCGAGCGCGAGGGUGCUCAUGUUGGCCUUUCCUCUGCGGCGCGCCUUCUUCCCAUGGGCUUCCUCGUGUUGGCCAGGACGCGGUGCUAUGCCAAAGGCUUCAAGGGCAACAAGUCCAGAGCCAGAGGACCAACAUUAGCAGACAUCGAAGCAAGGCUGCGGCAGCGCAAGGAGCGGCGUGAGCGUCAGAUGGAGAAGGCCGAGGAGGUGCCACGCAGCGAUGCGACGGCCAAGGAGAAAGACGUGGACGCGGAGAAGGCUUGUGAUGCCUUCGGUCGCGCUGUCGGUCGUGUUGUAGGAGGAGCCGAGCGCCACGGGCAAGUCCUGGUCAAGGUGACAGACAGAUCCGAAGCGACCAUCUGCCAGAUUCCCAAAGGCAGACGGGCACCGGCGCUGCCGCCGAUCGUCGGCGACGAGGUCCGCAUCGCGUUCGCGGCGGCCGCAGCAGAUGCCGAGGCUGUCGUCGAAGAGGUGCUACCGCGGAAGUCCACGCUGGUCCGGAGGCGUGCGGGGGCUCCGCACCAGGAGCAACUUCUCUGCGCCAACCUGGACCUCGCGGUUCUGGUCCUCAGCACCGAGCCCAACUUUUCCGAGGGCAUGGUGGACCGCGUGCUGGUCUCGGCGCAUGCGCAGGGCUUGGAAGUGGUCAUCGUGCUCAACAAGGCAGAUUUGUUGGAUGAUUCCGAGAGGUUCGAGGUCGAGAAGCGGCUGUCCAUUUAUGAGUUCGCGGGCUAUGAGGUGCUGCUGGUGAGUGCCUUGGGCGGGCAGAACCUGGAGCAACUGCGCGAGCUACUCUGCGGCCGCACAAGCAUCCUCAUCGGCAACAGCGGCGUGGGCAAGUCGCAGCUGCUGAACGCGCUGGGUGAGGGUCAGAUCGCUGCGGCAGUUGGAGACAUCAGCGAGAGGUUGAAGCUCGGCAGGCAUGUCACCACGACCAGCAGCCUGCAUCGACUUCCGGGAGCUGGGGAGCCGGCCUACCUUAUCGACUCGCCAGGCGCGCGGAGGUUCAGCAUCUGGGACGUGGAGGCUACAGAACUCAAGGACCACUUCGUCGAGUUCCUUCCGCUAGCUGAGAAGUGCAAGUUCUCCAAUUGCAAUCACCUGGAGGAGCCCGGGUGUGCCAUCAAGGAGGCGGUGGAGGAGGGCAAAAUCUCCCAGCAGCGCUACGAUUCCUACGUCUCCAUCCGCCAGAACUUGCAAAAAGUUGGGGUGCUGGGUCGCAAGUUGCUCUUCGAAAAAGUAUGCGCUGGCGUCGGUGCUACCUUGAACUGGGACUUACUGCUAUCCGUGGAGGCAGCAGGCAGGAUCGAUCGGGACUAUAGGAAGGCCAUGGAAGCCAUCUUCGCAGAUGGGAACAAGGAGCACUGGUCAGAGUUGCUGGAUGUUCCGGCGAACUUCACGCGUGAGCCGAGUGGAGAUAGCCAGGAGUAUCAGCUGUACCGGCCAAAAUUCGACGAGGAGGCAGAAUCCACGGUGAACACGAGGAAAAAGAAGUUUGUCCGCUUGCACGGGAUGGCCCAUGAAAUUCGCUUUAAAGAUGGGGUGCCGAUCUUCGACGGCACCGCGGAAACCUUCGAGAAAUACCGAAGGGAAGCCCUCUUGUUCACUGAGACGAUCGAGUGGAGGAAGAGGGACACAGCUGCGCCGCGGCUGAUUGCAGCCCUGGAAGGAGCUGCGAGAACCGCGGCACAGCAAAUGCCGUCUUCGUGGUUCAGUCACCCCAAAGGCGUGCAGCAGCUUUUGGACCACCUGAAGAAGACGAUGACGGCGAUCACGGAGUACGGGCCCAAGCUGCGGAGCUCCUCAAGCACCUCCCGGAGGCGACUGUGGGGCGGACCCCUGCCAGAGCAAGGGACCACGGAGGCUGAGGACCACCUGGGUGGCCGCGAGAUCUACGACGACCGCGGCCGCAUGAUCGAGGAGGAGGAGGACGACACCGAGAAUUCAUGGGAAGCUGGAGUGAGAGCCAGCACUCAUGGCAGGCAUCGACCGGCCCGUGGUCCGAGCCGUCGGACCACGCCCAUCGCGGCCUACAACUUCUUGCCGGACUUCGUGGUGGCGUGGCUGCUCCUCCAGCGUUCUGGCUUGGACCAGAACGAGAAGGGGGCAUUGAUCGCGAACCUGAAGAAUCAGUUCACCACGGAGAAGGUUAAAGAAGUGCUUCGGCUUAACUGGCCGGAUGAGGAGCUGAAACGCCGGGAUACAGGCAGAUCUUCCGCCCUCAUGGCCCAGCAGGAUGACGAGGACGAGGCCGCGGUGUGGGGCAUGGAGCAGGACGACGAGGACGUCCACCAGGCCCUGCUUGCUGACGGAGAUGCUCAUGAGUACCAACCGUUAAAGGCAGAGGCCCAAGAGGCCCUGCAGGCCCUCCAGUGGCAGAAGAACACCCUGCGCCAGGCGCGGGAAAAACAACAUCAGAUGCGGCAGAACCGGAAGUUCUUCCCGCCCCGGCCCCCUGGCACCUCCAAAGGCGAAGGAAAGGGACUCGCUCCAAAGUGCUUGCGCUGUGGGGGAAAGCAGUGGGCCCGCCAAUGCUCACAGCCGGCCUCGACGGAGAACAAGGGCGGCUCAGUCCACCUGGUCUUUGUGGCCGAGGAGGCGCUGACGAGCGGCCCCAACGGGCCUACUAUGUCAGGUGCGCUUUCAGAAGGAAAAGCCAUCAUCGACGGUGGAGCCACAUCCAGUGUGGGAUCGAUCCAAGCUGUGGAGCGCGUCCGCGAGCUUGGCUGGCAGCACCAUGGACGUGACACAGUUGAAGUUCUUCCCGGCGACGCCCCGAGCUUCCGCUUCGGCAGCAAUGGCCGGGUCAGCUGUGCGUCAACAACAUCGCUGACGAUUCCCUUGGAUGGCCAGGACGGGAGCAUGCAGGUUGCAGUCCACGACGUUCCCGGCCAGCCCGUCUUGUUCAGCAUCAAAAGCUUGCGUGCCUUAGGAGCCGUCAUAGAUUAUGCCCGCGAUGAAGUUAUCUUCACCAAGGUUAAUGACAAGAAGAUCCUUUCGUUGGAGCGGGCUGAAUCCGGCCAUCAACUUUUUCCUUUAGUUCAGGACGCAUUUCAGCACGCCAAGGAGCGAGCCACCGGGUGGCGCCUGGACUCCACGUGGCCAGAGCUGUGCACCCACAUGAACCUCCAACACAACGGGAUGGAGAAAGACGAAACGGCGGAGGCGAAGCGGCGGCGGGCAACGGAGAAGGAGAGCGAGCGGGAGAGAGUGAAGAAGACCAAAGAGAAGAAGAGGGGGGUGUUGACGGACGUGGAAGCGUUUCUCGAGGAUAAGUGGUUUAGUCUGUUCGGGGUUCCCUCUGUUAUUCGAACGGAUGCCGAGAGCCCUCUUAGAAGCCAACAGUUUGAUGAGAAGCUGCAGGCCCGAAGCAUAGGAAUUGACCAUGUCCCUCCUGAGGCCCACUGGCAGAUGAGCCCCGUAGAGCGAGCCAUUCAGAGCACGAAGGAAAUCAUGUGGAAACUGAACUCUGAAUUUCCUGAGAUGAACCCACAAGAACUCUUCAGUAGAAGCCUCUGGGCCCAGAACCAUCGUGACAUGUAUCUAGGAUACUCGCCCUUACAACAUGCCUUCGGAAGGACCCCUCAGGACACCCGUAGCAUAGGUGACCAGGAGCUUUUAGACCUCCCGGUCUUAGCGGAAGCAGGGGUGUCUGCAGAGCACGGACAUCAUGUUGAGGCGAUGAGGGUUGCUGAGAGUGCCUUCUUGGACGAGCAGGCUAAAGAGCGAGUGCGUAGAGCUAUGCAGGCGGGACACCGCAAGAUGAAGCAUUUUCUUCCAGGGGACCUUGUGUAUGCUUGGCGUAAGGUAGUUGGCAGGGCCGAUGGGAAUAAGAAUUUUACCUCGGGGAGAUUUGUGGGGCCCUUUCGAGUCCUCGCGACGGGGCAACCGACUUACCCGUGCCGCGCCACAGCAACUCAGGGCAGCCACUCCCAGGGAAGAGAGGCCUGGAAUGAGCUGGUAGAUCCUAGGAGAAAUAUCCCAUGGACCGUGCGCCAGAUUCUUGUCGACUCCAAGCCCGGCGACGUGGCAGACAUGCCCGAAGACGCCGAUGGCGCCGAGGACGACCAAGAGCGAGAUGGGGAGUCCAAAGAAAGGAAGGAGAUGAUGAGGGACAUGGGCGCCUUCAUCGCCAAGCAGCUGCGGAAGAACGCCCACGAGCUGACGGAGCGCCGGAUGACCGACGAGGAAAAGGAGUUGUUCAAGAGUGCCAAGGCCAAGGAAGUGAACAACUGCGUGGCGUCCAAGGUGAUGUCGGUGCUCCCGGAGCACCUGAACCGGCCUACAGCAAGUCCCACUAUGUCCCGAACGACACGGCAGCUCUUCCUACAGUGCUGCGCCAACUCCGGGCUCCGAGUUCGAAAGGGAGACGUCAGUGGAGCCUUCCUUCAGCGAAGGGCCUUCAAGAGAGAUGUUUUCUGCAUUCCUGUGAAGGAGAUCUGCCAGGCACUGGGAGCCCCCGAGGGCUCAAUCAUGAAGCUCAACAAGGCGGCCUACGGAUUAGCGGAAGCACCUUUGGAAUGGUUCCUGACGAUCUGUGAUGUGCUUGCGGAACUUGGAUUUGAGAGGCAGCUGAGUGAUCCAUGCUGUUGGGGACUAUUCGACCCCCAGACCCGCAACCCUCUCGGCUGGAUAUGUGGCCACGUAGAUGACUUCCUCUUCGGUGGCAACGACUCGGACCCACGGUGGAGAGAGGCAAUGGACAAACUACGAGAACGAUUCAAAUGGAUCGACUGGGAAGAGGGCAGCUUCAUACAAUGUGGGGUGCAAGUUCAGCAGGAGAAGGACGGCUUCACCCUCUACCAAGGGAACUUCCUGGACGAGAUCAGCGAGAUCAACAUCCCUCCAGAUCGGUUCCGAGAACCAGAGCUGCCCAUCAAUGAGAAUGAGAAGCACCAGAUGAGAAGCGUGUCCUGGUACACAUACCAGACGGGCUACCACCUCAGCGGUCCUGUGGGCAUUAUGCUCUCCAAAGUGAACAAGGCCAGGACCUCACGGACCAGCCCAUCUAGCUUGCUGGGUGGACGCAUCGCACGCGAACCGUCGCGACCUCUCUUCGACUACGGGAAUCUUCGUCGGUUGGACCAGCCAAGCUCUCGCCGACGGCCAGCUCAGCAGAGUGACGCCUAUCAGCUGGAUUUUCAGCAAGAUCCACCGAGUAUGCCGGUCCCCAGCCUCAGCGGAGACCAGAGCAGCAGUCCAUGGCGAAGACGAGCUCUACGCCAUUGGUUACAGGCAGCCGAGUUCAUGGGGUACCAGGUGAACACACGAGACGUGGACUCCACCAUCAUGAAAGUCCCCAGCUCCUUGAUAUCUGACAGCAAGUGUCUUUACGACCGCCUUCAGCAGACCGCUCUGACAUUGAAGGGAGAGGAGAAGCGAAGUGAUAUAGAAUCACUGUGCUUGAAGGAGGCCAUGGAUUAUACCUCCUUAAGUGUCCGUUGGGUUCAUGGAGAUGCUCAGCUCGCAAACAGCCUCACGAAGGACAACGAGUAUCAUCAGAUCCUCCUAUACCAAUCCCUUCAAGGACGUUGGCGCAUCACCUACGAUGAGGCCUCCCAGCCUUUGCCGCCCUGCGAGCUAGACACAGACGCGGAGACACGGGCAGUCUCAAGGCCGGAGGAGGCAACGGAGGCGGUGGUGGAGACUCCUGCGGAGACCCCGUGGGAUGCUCUCGGAGCCCAGUUCGCUUCCAGUUCCAAGGAUGCGGCCUCCGGCUUCGGCUACGGUGAGGGCUCAGGCUACUUCGAGGAAUCCGAGUAUGGCGGGGAUUUCAAUUUGUACCAGCUUGCCGCAGCCGCUGCCGCUUACAACGGGGCGGCACAAGCAUCGCUAGCUUGGCAGUUCCAGCAGCAAAUGAUGCACAACAUGCAGAUGCAACAGUUCCAGCAGCAGCGCCUCCAGCAGCUGCGGGAUCUGCGACAGAAAGAGAAGAAGAAGGCGCAGCAAGCCCAGCAAGCCCAGCAGCAGGCCCAGCAGCAGGCUCAGCAGCAGGCUCAGCAAGCUUUGCUGGCCCUGGCGGCCAAGUCCCUUCCAAAGGCCGCGGCCAAGGCUGCGGCAGCCAAGGCCCCAAGCAGCCCGCCUUCUAUCUCAGAGGUUGGAUCCACACUCCGAAAAACCGUGAACGGGGCCAGUGGCCUCACAAACCUCACGACGCUAGGCCCCGGUGCCGCCGGGGCCACGAAAGGAGUCUCGAGCGGGAGCGGGCUGCAGGCGGCUCCAGCAUCGGGCGACGUUGGCACCCUGCUCAUGGCCUCCACCCAGGCGAGCAGCACGGCCACGCCGGCAUCCCCGGUGAGCUCGUGGGGCCGGCGCAGUUCCGGAAAGGAAACAAGCCAUCCAACAGGGCUUUCAGUCUUAAGAUUCAUGAUCCUUAACGAUAUUAUAGCAUUUUGCAGCUAUAUGGCUACAGAUAGACAUGUGUUCAACAGCGAGAAUAACGAAUAG